AUGAGCAAUGCCACGAUCAUCAAUGAGAAGGUCCUUAAUGAUUGUUCAAACGAGAUCACACGCGCUCUUCUUCAGUGUCUUGGAGCGAUCUGUGGUGCCGGAUUUGUGAAAGGGUUUCAGGGUGAUGCGCGGUACACGACAUUAGGCGGUGGUGCUAAUGUCGUCGCCCAUGGUUACACCAAGGGUGAUGGUCUUGGUGCUGAGAUUGUUGGCACUUUCGUGCUUGUUUACACCGUGUUCUCUGCAGCUGAUGCUAAAAGAAGCGCCAGAGACUUCCAUGUCCGUAUUUUGGCUCCUCUUCCAAUUGGGUUUGCGGUGUUCUUGGUUCAUUUGGCCACCAUACCCAUCACCGGAACUGGAUGUUGCUUCUUUGGUGAUUCAUUGACUGUCAAUCAAAAGGAAACACAUGUUGAAACAGAAGAAAAGUUAAUUUAA